GUAUUUUCGAGUGUUGGAUAAAUCGUCCAGGAGUUGUCUAAUUGAUCUCUUGAUUCGACUUGUUAACUACUCGCUAUUUCUGUCCCCGUAUAUCUGCGCUAAGAGACUGAAUGCGGUCAGUGACGUUUGCCACCCCUCCCCUCCCUCUUUGCGCCGAAUCCUCGCUUCAGCCACAACACUCCAACUUUCUUUCCUCCUCUCCUGUACAAAACACUCUUUUCCUGCCUCUCACACACCAAAGUGCAUACAUACCUUUGCAUACACCUGCCCAUCAUGGUCCGCAAAGACCCCAUCUUCGAAGCACGCACAAAUGUCAAGCUCCACUCAAACCGGCUCAAGAAAGAAGCCUCCCGCGCCGAAGCAACCUUCAAAUCCGAAAAAGCCAAAGCAGACCGCGCAAUGAAAGCCCGCGAAUUCCAAAUCGCCCGCAUCCACGCCUCGUCCGCCGUCCGCGAAAAACGGCGCCAAGUCACCCUCAAAGCCGAAGCCGCCCGCGCAGACGUCAUCAUCAACGAACUCAAAGCCGCCCAGAGCACGCGCGAUACCUCGCGCACGCUGGCGCUGGCCAGCCGCGGGCUGGACGCGGCGAGUAAGAGCGUGAAUCUGGAGCAUCUGGUGGCCCAUGCGAAUAACUUUUUGGCUCGGAGUGAGGACUUUAAGAUUGCGGGGGCGGCGAUUGAGGAUGUUGCUGCGGGCAUUAGUAUGGCGGAGUACGGGGCGGAGGGGGAGGGGGAGGUUGAUGCGUUGAUGGGCCAGUUGGCGGAUGAUGCGGGGGUGGAGUGGAGGAUGGCGUUGGAGGAUGAGGCGGGCAAGGUUCCGGAGGGGAGGGUGCAGGAGCAGAAGCAGAAGGCUCAGGAGGGAGUGCCGGGGGAGGUGGAGGAUGGUCUUGGGGCGAGGUUGAGGGCGUUGAGGGCUGCUAAUUAGGGGAGGGGAGAAGGGAGAGAUUCCAUGUGGCUUGAUGGCCUUGGUGAUUUGUCUCUGUUGUCUGCUCUGGGGGGAUUACUGGGGUUUUGUUUAUAUCGAAGGAGAUCCCUGUGGAAAGACAGACGGUUUCUAUCUUGUUUUGUCUUGAUUUUGUCCUGCUUUGGCCCUUGGCCGUGGGUGGUUCAUUCGGCCCGGACUAUGGCUAUAUCACGAUGUUACGGUUUCUGCGUUUGGGAGUGUCUGGCCCUGCGAUUCUACUUUCUUUUUGUUCGAUCAUUGCUUUCACUGUCUAUCUUCGAGGCGUUUCCCGAAUGGAGGUUUCAUUUGAUGUAGAUUCAUUGUUCCAAGAUUCUUUGCAUAUAUGACUUUUAUCAGAUA